AUGGAUUGCUCUAUCUGUAGUUCAAUGCCAUUUAUUCUAAGGCCUCCAAGGAAUACAAUAUGUGUAGCAUGCUAUGAAGGAGUGAGAAAUGUAAUCACAUUGAUGAACAAGCUUGCAAAUGAUCAUAGUAAAGGAACUGAUAAAGCCAGUAAUAUUCCUGUUGCAUCUUCGCCAAAUUCCUGUAAGCCACAGCCACUUGCAAAUCUUACCAAAUGGAUAACAAGCAUGAAGGAUAUAGAAGAUGACUUGAAUAAGAAAAUAAGCUUCUUAAGUGGACUUGUUGUGGCAUUCAGAGAUCAAAUUCACACUGACAUUCAGCUCAAGCCUGGCGACAAUGGCCCUUGCAUACCAGCACACAGAGCUUUACUAGCAGCAAGAUCAGAGAUAUUCAGGAACAUGCUAGACUCAGAUGGCUGCAAGGCUCCACCAAGUGAUACUAUUACACUGCCAGAGUUGAAUACUGAAGAACUUGAGUCCCUCCUUGAGUUUCUUUACAGUGGAAACUUGCCCUUAGACAAGCUGGAAAAUCAUGUUUACUCAUUGUUUGCUGCAGCUGAUAAGUAUGAGAUUCCAUACUUGCAAGAUUUCUGCGAGCAAUUUAUGUUGAGUUCAUUGAACACCUGCAAUGUUCUUGAAAUUUUAGAGAUAUCAGAUGUUUGUUCAAACAAGACAUUAAAGGAAACUGCAUUGAACUUCAUUGUUAGAAACAUAGAGGAUAUAGUUUUCUCAGCUAAGUAUGAAGCUUUUGCACCGAAGAACCCUCAUCUUGGAAUGCAGAUUACAAGGGCAUUUUUAACGGAUGCCAAAACCAAAAGAAUUAAUGGAUUUUGAUCAGACCAUGCUUAUAUCUGGUGAAAGUAAUCACCAAGAAUGUAUAGACUAUAGAAUAUAUUUUACAUAUACAAAACUGGAAAGCAAUAAAAUUUUGAUUUGUUACCAUAAAUGACAAUUUCAUUAAGGUGGCUUGUUUGAGCUCAUUAAUUAAUG